AUGCGUGUCGUUGAAGGUCUGGAGUUUCCGGAGAUUGGUGGGGAGUGGGGUGAGGCGGAGGACAGUGAAGAGUGGAGUGAAGAGAGCUGCUUCGGAUACUGGCGUCGGUUGAAUGAACGUCAAGAAACAAUAAAAGCCAACAUAAAAAGCGAGGACCUGCAAUCUCCCACAAUGAGAAGAGAGAGAGAUACAGCUUAUCUUAUCUCGCUGGCGAUAGAGGCUCCAGACCAACGACUGUGUGGCGAGGCCCGCACCUCACCACAGCAUCAUCGUUCAUCAGGCACCUCACCACAGCAUCAUCAUCCAUCAAACACCUCACCACAGCAUCAUCGUCCAUCAGGUACCUCACCACAGCAUCAUCGUUCAUCAGGCACCUCACCACAGCAUCAUCGUUCAUCAGACACCUCACCACAGCAUCAUCGCUCAUCAGGCACCUCACCACAGCAUCAUCGUUCAUCAGGCACCUCACCACAGCAUCAUCGUUCAUCAGGCACCUCACCACAGCAUCAUCGUUCAUCAGGCACCUCACCACAGCAUCAUCGUUCAUCAGGCACCUCACCACAGCAUCAUCGUUCAUCAGGCACCUCACCACAGCAUCAUCAUCCAUCAAACACCUCACCACAGCAUCAUCGUCCAUCAGGCACCUCACCACAGCAUCAUCGUUCAUCAGGCACCUCACCACAGCAUCAUCGUUCAUCAGACACCUCACCACAGCAUCAUCGUUCAUCAGGCACCUCACCACAGCAUCAUCGUUCAUCAGACACCUCACCACAGCAUCAUCGUUCAUCAGGCACCUCACCACAGCAUCAUCGUUCAUCAAGCACCUCACCACAACAUCAUCGUUCAUCAGGCACCUCACCACAGCAUCAUCGUUCAUCAGGCACCUCACCACAGCAUCAUCGUUCAUCAGGCACCUCACCACAGCAUCAUCGUCCAUCAGGCAGCACUGCGCAAGGCCAUAUUUAUUUUCCAGCAAAUCUGUUUACGAGUUGGAAAUGA